GGGUUGACAGGUAUGAUAGUGUAGUGGUAUAGUAGUAUACUAUAGUAGCCUGAUGGGACUUUGUAGGAUGAACGUUGAGAUGUAUAAGGGGCACGGGCUGACCAACAAUGUGUGAAUUUGUCUGUAACGAGGUUGGGGCACUGAUUCGGGGCUUCCAGGUAUGAUGCACUUCGAGGCCCAAUAGGGGAAGUGCCGAGGGGGACCGCCUCCGCUCAGACAUCCGCCUCUGCCCUCUAGUGGCAAUCUCCCUCCAACGCGCCCGCUUCGAGCAAGGCAUGGAAGAGGAGGGGGUGGUGCACGUUGCCUGCAUCCCCCGCCCGCCUCUCGCCCUCUCUCAGCAGCCUCGCCAAUGGGACGGCAGAAAGCGCCACCACCCCAACGCUCUUGAAACAGCGAGCGGGAUGGGUGCGGGCUGCGAAGGGAGUGGUGUGGAGGAGGGAGAGAGUCUGGCGGCGGUGGCGGUGGUGAUGAUGAUGAUGAAGCCACCACCCCCACCACAGGUUACCGCCCAGUUAGUCAACUUGGGUUGUGAUCAGAGAGGUGGGUGAGGAGGAGGAGGAGGACACACACACAGAGAGAGAGAGAAACUGUGAAUGUUAAACGGGGAAGUUCUGUAGGAGGCGUGUCAUCGCUGAGAGUGAAGUGAGUGCGGGGCAGAGUUUAUUUUUUUUGCUGCUGCUGCUGUUGUUAACUUCGAUCGCUGCUACGCCGCUGUUGCAGUCGGCUCGCGUGGAUUUUAAGUCCGAGAGUGCGGGCCCCGCGUGCGGUCUCCGCGCGCGGUCGUCGCCGACGCCGGCCCGGCGGGCAAUGGGCGCUGUCGCGGCGGCCGCGUCGGCGUCGUCGUCGCUGGUCGGCAGCGCGGAGGAGGAGUUGCGGCGGUGCCGUUUCUCCGCACGGAGCGCGCGGCCCGCGACGACCGCCGGCACACGGUGAUCGGCGUGCAGCUCGCCGACGACCCCGGCCCCGCGGCAGCGCGACCCCACGCGGCGACGACGGCGGGCGGGGCUCGCGUGCGGCUCAGCGGACUGCGCAGCCAGCCCGACCUGCAGGACGCCAUGCAGGCCGCCGACACGGACUUCGGCCCCUACCGGCCCAUGAAGGGGGGGCCGGAUGUGAUGUCGGAGAAUGACCCAAGGUUCAUCAGAGGGACCAAACAGCGCGUGUCACUUCCUGUCGUCCGCUCGGCCAACCAGAGCAAAGAGAAAACGCUCGGCGUGCUGUACCUGCACUACGGCGGGGAGACCCGGCAGACCGUGAUGCCCAACGCGGUGACCACGCUGGACACGGUGCGCGCCCUCUUCGUCAAGGCCUUCCCGGAUGUGCUCAGCAUGGCCGCGCUGGAGGCCCCGGACGCCGCGUUCCUCCUGCGCGACGCUGGGUCCACCGCCACUUUCCGUCUCCUCUCCGACCUGCGGGAGAUAACAAACAAGGCCACCCUGAAGGUCGGUUUCAGGGCCCCCGUCAACAGACAGCCCCAGGCGCUGAACGGAGGAGACAUGUGGGAGGAGUCGGCGCGUCGCUCGCACAGCGUCGGCUACCGACACGGCUCUCUCUCCGGCUCCGCUACGCCAACCGUGCCGCAGUCCCCCGCUCAGCGCCACUACUCGCUGCAGCAGCGGCAGCAGCAGCUGCAGCAGCAGCUGCAGCAGUCCUCCGCCGUCGCCGGAUUCAUCUCGGGCAUCCAGGGCCCGAGCGCCUUCUCCCCGGCGGCCGCCUUCUUUGGGCCGCCGUCGCCGUCCGCCUCCACCUCGUCCGUGGCGGCGCUCGGCUCCAUCCUGGAGCGGCGCGACGUCCGCCCCGACGAGGACUUGCGCAACCGCGACGUGCUCCUGGUGCGCAGCGACGCCGGCGUCCUGCACUACCCGCAGGCACUCGUCGGCACCGUCGGAGGUGGAGGCGGUGGAGGCGGCCGCUACAGCCUGGCGGCAUCGGGCCACGCCGUCGCGUCCUCGUACUCCGCCGGCGACCGAGGCGGCCGCUCGGGCCCCUGGGACGACUCGGCGUUGCCGCGCACGUACGCCGGGUCGUCCCAGUGGCGCGGCCACGACAGCUGUGGCCACCACCAGCAGCAGCACCAGCAGCAGCAGCAGCAGCAGCAGCACGCGCGGUCCCGCACGCCGCCCGCGUCGCUGCACGCCCUGCAGGCGUCGCUCGCCCCGCGCACCGUCGUGCCCAUCGCGCUGGACGAGCCCGACUCCGUCGCCGGGCGGCGCUGGGCGCCGGCGUGGGGGGCCACCGCCACCGCGACGCUGCCCCCCGAGCAGCAGAGACGGAAGGUGUCGGUGGGCUCCUCCGACACCGGCACCGUCACGCCGUUCAGGCCCAUCGGCCACGUCGAUGACCGGGAGACGCGGGAGCGCAUGGAGUCGAUGGAGAGGCAGAUCGCGUCACUCACGGAGCUGCUGCACCGCAGCGUCACGCGGGAGGACGCCGCCACCGCCGCCUCCUCCUCGGGAGCCGUGCAGUCGGCACGCGCUGGCACCACCGCCUCCAGCGCCGUCUCGUACGCAGGCCAGCCUGCGUUUGGCGGCAGAACAUCCAGGGCCAUGCGUGGCAGAGACAAGUCCGGGCAGGAGGCCCGCGCCACGGCAUCGAGGCUGCACGGAGGCAUCGCCCAGCUGCGCGCCGAGCUCCAGGAGAUCCGCCGCUUGCAGCUGAGCCAGCGGGCGGCAUGGCAGGCCACGGUGGCGUCCGUGAGGCAGGAGAUCGCGGGCCGCCUGGCGGGCGAGGCGGCGCGGGCCGCACGGGACGAGCCCGCGCGCAGGCUGCGCGCGCAGGCCGAGGAGGAGCGGCAGGCGUACGUGGAGAGACAGCGUGCGGCACAGCACCGCCUCAGCGAGCUGGAGGAGGCCGUGGAAACGCUCCGCUCGAGGGCGUCCCUGCCGGGAGUCGUCUCGCUGGCGGACGUGGACGAGGGGGGCGAGCUCCUGCGCCAGCUGGAGGAGGAGACGUCCGCGCUGCAGGGGCAGUUCCCGAUGAUGCAGUCGCGCAUGCAAGGGCUCCUGCGCGUCGAGGUGGAGGCCAUGAAGUUCCUCAAGGACGAGCCGCACAAGCUGGACGAGCUGCACAGGGGCUGCCGCAACCUCGCGUCCACCCUUGUUCUCCUGCGCAGGUCCGUCGUCGAAGGAACCCCGGUAAACGAGCCAGAGAAGCCACCGCCUGCUGAGCCUGAACCGGACCUCGAUCAGGUUGUCCAGUGCGACGCGUACGUGCCACACUUUGCCAGCAGCCACCGGGGCAUGCUGUCGCAGCAAGAGCAGGAGCUGGAGCAGCAGAAGCAGCAGGAACAGCAGCAGGAACAGCAGAAGCAACUGCAGAUUCAGCAGCAGCAGAAGCAGCUUCAACAGCAGCAGGAACAGCAGAAGCAACUGCAGAUUCAGCAGCAGCAGAAGCAGCUGCAACAGCAGCAGGAACAGCAGAAUCAGCUUCUGCAGCAGCAGAGGCUGUUUCAUCAGCAGCAGGAACAGCAGAAGCAGCUUCAGCAGCAGCAGCAGCAGCAACAGCUGCUUCAACAACAGCAAGAGGAACAGCAGAAGCAGCAGCUUCAGCAACAGCAAGAGGAACAGCAGAAGCAGCUGCAGCAGAAGCAGAAGCAGCAGCAGGAACAGCAGAAGCAGCUGCAGCUUCAGCAGCAGCCGCAAGCAGUGACAUCAACAAUGGAAGUUACGACGCUUUCGGAUGUCGUUGUCCAGAACAGAACUGUGCACGUCACGAGAACGGAGGUGAACGGGUCAGAGGAGGUCAGGAAGUCAGAGGUCAGGAGGUCGGAGGUCACUCCGAGCGGGGCCUCCGGGGCGGAGGAGGGCGUGGGGAGCGACCCCGAACGCGCUGACAGGGCGGAGGUGGAAACGAUCACGGUGUUCCUCGCGCAAGUGUCCGACGUUCCGGAGCGCGGGCUUGAAGCGGAGGAGGAGCCCCCGGCAACCGUGCGGGCGGCCCCCGCGGGCGCGAGCGAGCGCGACGACACUGGAGCGGCGGAAGGCACCAGCGCCGCCGCUGGCGGCGAGGGGAAGCCGGCGGCGGAUGCGAAAAAGACGCCGGAGAAGAAGGACACCGGAAAUCGGCGCGUGAGCUUCGCCAAAGAUCUCGACGAGCCGUCGCACGAAACCAGCAGCAAGGCAACCGGACUCACCGCGACGGGGAGGGCGUCCCGCUCGUCCGCCCUCCGCGGGGCGGUGCCGGCGGAGGCCACGGAGCAGGCGGAGGACGCGGAUAUCCCCCCGCCCCCCACCAUGAGCCCCCCGCCCCCACCGCCACGCAGCGGCAAAGGCUUCAAGUUCGUGAGGACCACGCCAGCCGAGGUCCUCUUCCUGAACCGCAAGGCCAACAAGUUGGCAGUGGACACGCGAGCCAACCAAUCGGAAGAGGACAGCCAGACCCCGCCGCCUCCUGGCUCCAGCUCGAAACUAGAGGACGACGGUCAAACAGGUCACAUGACCAUCGAAGUGCAGGGCGGAGAUUCGAGCGUCAAAGACGCUCAACCGGCGGUGGCCUUCGAAGAGGAGAUCACCGACUUCUCUUCGGGCCACGGUGCGGGAGGCCGGAAGGCCCCGAGCUGCGGCAGGACUCCCGAGCGGGCCGGCGGUGUCGGCGGGGACACGCGGCGCAGCCAGGUGGUGUUCCAGGAGAAGGACGUCGUGGACCGUCGAGCCCAGGCACCCAAGACCAUCACGAUCCGCUACAUCGAGGAGAUCACGUCGGAGUCGACGGACGAGGAUGGCGAGCCGUCGCCGGGCGCCGUCAAGGAGAAGCUGGCGUUCCUCAUCCGCGAGAGCCACGUGCAGGCCGUGACGCACGACGAGGCGGCGGCGAUUGCCGGCGGCGACGGCGUCACCACCUUCACCUUCACCUGCAAGCCGCCGGAGGACGAUGGAGACAACGACGGAGGAGGGGACGGGAGCCCUGGAGCCGGGGGCGGCGGCGACGGCGGCGACGGCGGCGGAGGAGGAAGAGGAGAAGGAGGAGGCGGAGGUCAUCAGGACGCGCGGGUGGAAUCGGGGGGAGACGCGGGGAGCGGCGAGGCGGCCCCGGUGCCCGAGGUGGCGCUGCGCGACAAGAAGCCGCUCAUCGUCAUCUUCGACGAGCCCAUGGACAUCCGCUCGGCCUACAAGCGGCUGUCGACCAUCUUCGAGGAGAAAGACCUUGAGGAGUACCAGGAGGAUGAGACGGAGGACGACGACGACGACGACGACGACAAUGACUCGAGCAGCUUCGAGUACAACGAGCGGGAGGCAGCCCGCGCGGCCGCGGAGGAGCCGGCGCCGGCGUCGCCGCGCGUGACCGCGCCCGCGAUGCCGGAGGAGCGGGACGAGGAAACGGAGGCCUCGCGAGAAGCCCAUCCCGGAGAGCACGGAGCGAGCCACGACGGCGCCGCCGCCGCCGCCGCCCGGCCAUCGGCGAGCCUCGCCGAGCACCAGCCGCCCGCCAAGGACGGCGCGGGCGCGAGGUCCAAGUUCAAGAUCAAGUUCCCGCGCAAGCAGCUGGCGGCGCUCACGUCGGCGCUGCGCUCGGGCACGCGCUCGGGCAAGAAGACCCUCGAGCUGGUGAUGGACGGCGACGAGACGUCGGACGGGGACGGGGACGGCACGCUGGCGAGCAUGAACCCCUACGCGCAGGUCGACGGCAGCGGCCCGUCCCGACGGGCGCACGCGGAUGCCGAGGGGGCCGACGGGCGGCCGAGGCCCGAGAACGGGGCCGCCGGCGGGCGCGGGGACGGCCCGGACGGCGGCCCGGACGACGAUGGGGCCCGCUGGGCGGAGGGCGCGACGGACUCGGAGCAUCCGGUAACUUGGUCCGGGCGGAACGGAGCGGGCGAGUCGCCCGCCGGCGCCGCGGGGUUCCCCGCCGCUGGGAUGGUGGCCACCGCUUCCCCCGAGGCCGCUCGUGCCAAGCCGCUCCCUAAGCCCAAACCUCCUCUGCUGCCAAAGCCCAGCUUCGCUCCCGAGCAGCCGCUGCAGAACGGCAAGUCGGCGUCGUCGGCGUCGUCGGUGCCGGGGAUGGCCGAGCCGACUUCCCAGCCAUCGACUCCCAGGCAAGGCCAGAAGGCGAUGCGCGUCCUCCACAGCAUCACGAGCAGCGUGCGCCAAGUCAGCAAGAGCAACAGCAGCGGUGGCAGCGGCGGCAGCGGUAGCGCCGGACCUCCCACUGCUUCCCCGCAGCGCAAGCACAAGGCCUGAGCCUCGCGGCGUGUGCCACAAACGAUCGAUGUUCUGCCCCGCGGAACCGUUGCCUGGCCGCGCAGUGACGCCCGCCGCGCGCCGGCCAUUGCUUGGGGGUCCUCCGGUCGUUUCGCUCGAUGUCACCGCCGAGUUUGGUUUCGCCCGUGCCGUGCUGGUUACGUCGGACUUUUACUGCAGAAGGCUGAUUCUUUCUACCGUACCGUCGUAUGUGCGGGGAUUAUUCUCUUGCGGGUGCCGUGGUUGUUGUUUUUUUUAUCUUCUCGAGCAAAAAAAAAAUUAUACAAAAAAAACUGGCUGAAAACUCCCAGCCAGGGACUCUUUGUAAAAAAAAAAAUAAUAAUGCCUGAAGCUUCAUUUUAUAAAGAGCAUUAUUUUAAUAGAGUAGUAUUUUGACUGCGCCGUCAUUGUGUGUCUCGGCUCAGCGUUCCAUUUAUCUGCGUUGCUGUAGCCCUCCAAUGGCAGCAGGACAAUAUGUAUCAUUGCGGCGUGACCCAGAAAUGCAUUGAGAGGCUUUCCUCUCGCAUCCCUUGGUCUGUCGUUGCGUCGCCACUGGGAGUGCACACUGUUGUUGGGCCUGUAACUGGUUUGUUUUUGGCUGAAUACUUGGAAAAACUUUGCUUAACCACAUUCAAUGCAAAACCGAGUUUUUUUUAUUAUUAUUAUUAUUAUUACAUUGCGUAUUUUGGUAAAUUAAAUUUGGCGCCUGGGAUCAUAGUUGAUUUCUUUCUUUCUCCACCAUUUGGGAGCCCAAGGUUUUGAAGCCGGAAUCGGAGUAAUGCGUCCUGCUCACGUGACUGUUGCAUUUUUUUUUCAUUCCCGUUCCACCAACCACAAUUUUUUGUAUGUUUUAUUGAACAACAUCCAACCAAAACAAAGGUGGUCUUUAAAAACAAAAAGCUUCAAAUCCCCCCUCACUGAUGCCUCGGUUUCAUUUUAUAUACAUCUUGAAUUAUAUCUUCCAAUGUUUAUCAUCCGCCGUUUUAUUAAAAUCCCCCCCCCCCCCCGCUUUGGUAACCCCACAUUUCAACAAAGGAGUCGCCCUUUUAUUUUAUUUUUUUAAGCAAAAUAAACUCGCCA